CGCGUGCGCCGCGACCGUGCGGACGUCCCGCCGAGUGGGGCCUGCGGCCGAGGGCGUGCUGACUGGCGGCCGCGCUCGGUGCCGCCUGCCUCACCUCGCGCGAGCUGCAAGGUACUGAGCUGACAUGAAGCAGUUGCCUGCGGCGACAGUUCGCCUCCUGUGCAGUUCUCAGACUAUCGCCUCUGUGGCCAGUGUUGUGAAAGAGCUUGUUGAGAACUCCUUGGACGCUGGAGCUACCAGCGUCGAUGUGAGACUGGAGAACUAUGGAUUUGAUAAAAUUGAAGUACGGGACAAUGGCGAGGGCAUCAAGGCUGUUGAUGUACCUGUGAUGGCGGUGAAAUACUACACCUCAAAGAUAAGCAGUCAUGAAGACCUUGAAAAUCUGACCACCUAUGGUUUUCGCGGUGAAGCCUUGGGGUCAAUAUGUAGUGUUGCAGAGGUGGUAGUCACAACAAGGACAGCUGCUGAUGACUUUAGCACCCAGUAUGUUUUAGAUGGCAGUGGUCACAUACUUUCUCAGAAACCUUCACAUCUUGGUCAAGGUACAACUGUCACUGUUCUAAAGUUGUUUAAGAAUCUGCCUGUAAGAAAGCAAUUUUACUCAACAGCUAAAAAGUGUAAGGAUGAGCUAAGAAACGUACAGGAUCUUCUCAUAAGCUAUGGUGUUCUUAAACCUGACUUAAGGAUUAUCUUUGUACAUAAUAAGGCAGUCAUUUGGCAGAAAAGUAGAGUAGCAGAUCACAGGAUGGCACUCAUGUCAGUUCUGGGAACCGCUGUGAUGAGCAACAUGGACCCUGUUCAACACCACUGUGAAGAGUCUCAGCUUUACCUAAGUGGAUUCUUUCCAAAGCGUGAUGCAGACCACAACGCCACAAGUCUUUCAACCCCAGAGAGAAGCUUCAUCUUUAUUAAUAGUCGACCAGUACACCAAAAAGAUAUACUAAAGCUAAUCCGACGUUAUUAUAAUUUGAAGUGCCUAAAGGAAUCUACACGCUUGUAUCCCAUUUUCUUUCUGAAAAUUGAUGUUCCUUCUGCUGAGGUGGAUAUAAAUCUAACACCAGAUAAAAGUCAAGUAUUAUUACAGAAUAAGGAUUCUGUUUUAGUUGCUCUUGAAAAUCUACUGAUGACCCAUUACGGACCACUACCCAGUACAGAUUCUUAUGAAAAUAGCAAAGAAGAUGUUUCCUCAGCCAACAUGGUUGUUAGUGAAACAGCAGAAACAGAUGUGCUUUUUAAUAAAAUGGAAUCAUCUGGAAAUAGUUAUCCAAAUGCUGAUACCUCGACUAUGCACAUCCAGGAUGAUGAAUCUAGAAAAAACACUCAUCAUUAUUUAAAUCAACAAAUAAAUAUAGACAAGCACUGUGAUGGCCAUCUCAGUAGUGAACAUUCUAGCAUUAGUAGAGACCCUAUAAGUACAUUUAAAAAUAUUCCCAUGGAUAAUUUAUCAUCAGAGGACAUGCGGAGUAAACACAGUAAGACUCAUUUUGCAGGCUCUAAUGAGCAUAUCCAAGGGGAAAAUGGUAGAAAUGGUACAGAAGAAAAUGGGGAGAAUAGCGGAGAAGCAUUCCCUGCAGAAUCUCUAGAAAUUUGUGCAGACGACUGGAGCAAGGGAAAUGUGUUUAAUUCGAUGGGAGAGAAUAUUGAACCUGUGAAAAUUUUAGUGCCACAAAAAAGCUUGACUUGUAAAGUGAGUAAUAAUAGUCACCCAAGCCUUCAACCAAAGAAUCUCAGUGAUGGUCUUUGUGGCAAAACACCAAAUGUAAUAGAUAGUAGAUCUGGGCAGCUUACAGCCUAUGAUUUAAUUAGCAAUCGAGCAGUCAAGAAGCCCAUGUCAGCAAGUGACCUGUUUAUCCAAGAUCAUCGUGCUCAGUUCCUCGCAGAAAAUCCCAAGACUGGUUUGGAGGAUGCCGUGGCACAAAUUAAAGCUCUGUGGGAGACACUGGGUGAAGAGGAAAAACAGAAAUAUGAAGAAAGAGCUAAAAAAGACUUGGAGCGAUACAAUAAUCAAAUGAAGAAAGCUACUGAACAGGAGCCACAGGUUUCGUUAAAAGAUGGCAGAAAAAAGUUAAGGGCUGCCAGUGUGUUGGGCCUGACACAGAAGAACAAGGUGAAAGCCUCCUCUAAUCAGCUGAAGCUUGAUGAGCUCCUUCAGUCCCGGAAUGAAAAGAAGAGGAGUGAAAAUAUUAAAAUAGCAGAGAUCUCCUUUUCUAUGGAAAACUUAAAAGUGAGUUUUAAGAAACAAAAGACAAUUGACUUAGAAGACAAGGAUGAGAUUUGCCUGGUCCACAGUCUCAAGUUUCCUGAUGCAUGGCUGGUUGCAUCUAGAACUGACAUCAUGUUACUGAAUCCGUACAGAGUAGAGGAAGCCCUGCUAUUUAAAAGACUUCUGGAGAACCAUAAACUCCCUGCAGAACCACUGGAAAAGCCAAUUGUGUUAACAGAGAGUCUUUUUAAUGGAUCUCAUUAUUUAGAGGUUUUACAUAAAAUGUCGACAGUUGACCAGAGAUGCAGUGGAUCAGCUUACCUAUGUGACCCUCGUCUUACAGCAAAUGGUUUCAAGAUAAGAUUGACACCAGGAGUUUCCAGUACUGAAAACUACUUGGAAAUAGAUGGCAUGGCUAAGUGUCUCCCGUUCUAUGGAGUAAUGGAUUUAAAGGAAAUUCUUAACGCUAUAGUAAACAAAAAUGCAAAGGAGAUUUAUGAAUGUAGACCUCGAAAAGUGAUAAGUUAUCUAGAGGGAGAGGCAGUCCGUCUGUCCAGACAGCUCCCCAUGUACUUACCAAGAGAGGACGUCCAAGAUCUUAUCAGUAGAAUGAAGCAUCAGUUCGGGAAUGAAAUUAAAGAGUGUGUUCAUGGUCGCCCAUUUUUUCAUCAUUUAACUCAUGUUCCAGGAACUUCAUGAUCAAGCUUAAUGACAAUUAGUUACUGUUGAAAUUUAUAAUGGUCCUUAAACUAUUUUGUAUUAUCAUGUAUCAAAGUUUGUUUACUGGAAAAGGUUUUUAAAAGUUGUAAAAUAUGUAUAAAUAAAUAAUAUGCAGUAUUGA